AGGAUCCAAUCCGUGCUGCCUUCGUUGAAUUGCGUAUACUCCGAAUAGGCUUACGUAUCACACACUGAGUCACAUCAGAAUAUAUAUGCAGACGGCUUUCAACAUUGCUGGCUAUAUUCAGCAAUUUUCAACAGUCAAACAAUCCGAUCAAAACAUACUCGUUCCUGAACACCCCCCCUAGCCAAUCGAAAUGGGUCUCAUCAAGCUCGGGAUUGUUCUCUAUGGCAUUCAUCUCAUCACGAAACCCCUCCGCGAAGAAAGAAAAUGCGGUGCAGGCUGCGGAUUGCCCAGGAACUAUCACGAAGACCCAGCCAACAACUCUUUCCCAGGUCCAAAACCCCCAGGAUCCCCUCAAGUCUACCAGGAAUACCCAGCACCAUCUCAGUACCAGCCUCAAAACACUACCUAUCGAGAUGAGAAACAACUCUACAGCGAAACACCAAGGAUGAGCGGCGAUAACCAGCAAAUCCAAAUGCGCGAAGCUCCGACAUACGAUGAAGCUACUUCGAAUCGCUUCCCGACGGCAGCGCAUGACUGCCCGAAUUGUGGACAUUCGAAUGAGAAGGUGGUGAAACAUUAGGUCUAGAGUGGAUGAAGAUGCGCACGAUUGCGAUUGGUUUUCGUGUCAUGUUGUAAGAUUAUGUGUUGGUGUAUACAUCUCAGCCCUGGAGUUUGGGGUCGGAGUUCAUCGGCGGAUACUAAUUUAUAACUCCGUGCUCAGUUUCGUUGCAAGUUUUUUUUCAUUCGGUCAGGUAU